AUGCCACCAGCAUCCCAGUCCGCAACGCCACAAACAGCGUCACCCUUCGCUCGAGCUGUCGAUGAGUACAUCGACUCAAGACCGAAGAAAAGCAAGACACCGCACUUCAUACGUGACAUCCAGCAACAGAUCCAAAAUGGCGACCCUAUUGAUAGGCUUGCCGUCAAAAAUGCCAUAGUGCAGCUUGAACGGGAAUCAACAGACCGCGUGGCCACACAGAGAAUGCGCAAAGUCUUGAAUCCAAUAGUGUCGGUAUUGAAUACAUACGUGGGCGUCGUAGACACGAUGUGUAACGCUGAUCCCAUGCCAACGGCCUUGAUUUGGGGAUGCCUCAAAGCCGCCAUUCAGUGCUCUUCGCGAUUUCUAGAUCUCUACGACAAGAUCAGCAGCCAACUCAAGGACUUGGAAGCCCAUCUCGAGACACUGACAACAUACGAGGAGCUAUUUGGGGAAUCUUCGACGAUGCAAGAGCUUUUGCAAGCUUCUUAUAUCGACAUCAUCCGCUUCUGGCAUCGAGUCGAGAAAGAAUGUAAACGUUGCAUCGCAAACCGAAUGGCGAGGGCACUUGCAUCUUUCAGUGCGACCAAGCUAGACCAGAUUAUAGCUAGCAUUGACAAAAACUCCCAAAGAAUCAGCUUAUUGGUGCCUGCAGUACAAGAGCGUCUUGCACGAGGCGAACGUGAAGAUGCGGCAAAAGAGCGUCAACUUGCGGGAAUAGCAAGAGAUGAGCAGAAACUACUAUUUGAAAUGCAUGCCGAGGAGCUCAAGAUCCGAAACGCAGAAAGAAAGCGUGCUCGUAAGGCUUUCGUUGACCUAUGGCUACUCGGUGGCAUGCCGCAGGUCAACGAAAGUAAUCAUCGCCACCAAGAACAAAACACUCGCUCCCGUAACCCUGAGACUUGCCAAUGGUUGCUGAACGAGGAAUUGUUCUCGAAUUGGCUGCAGCCUACAGGUUCAUCACCCGUGCUGUGGGUUAAGGCUGCUCCAGGUGUUGGCAAAUCUGUAUUGACAGCCUACGCAAUCGAGGAAGCUCAGCGAACAAAUCCCGGCACUUCUGCGACCUGCUUUCAAUACUACACCUUUGACGACGAGUUUUCCUGUCUACAAGUCUUUCGAGCCCUCGCUGAACAGUUGAGUAAUCGGCUAUGGGAACAUACCGAAGACAUACCCGAGGAUAUUCACGCCAUCACUCAAAGGACCGCGACUAGUUCCAAGACUGAAGAUGUCAAGAACGUUCUACGUCAGCUCAUGCAGCGAAUGUCUACAACCUACGUGUUUCUGGAUGGGCUGGACGAGGAAUGUGACAAUGGCACGCGGUGGCUUCAACUGAAGCAAGUGCUGGAUUUUCUCAUCGGACUUGCGACAUAUGAGAAGAUACCCUUGAAACUUUGGUGCAGCUCACAGUCACGGUCCUGCAUGGACGGCGUUCUCCAGUUGUACCCCACAUUGCAGAUAACCCCAGAUCUGAACAACAAAGACAUCGAGAGAUACCUCAAAAGCCAGAUCCCCGAGCUUGACAGCUUGGAGCUAGAUGAAGGUUACAAGACGCUUGUCCUUACGGAUCUCCGCGCGAGAGCUGAUGGGUGUUUCUUGUGGGCAUCGUUGAUGUUGGAUUCAAUAACCAAUGCCGCAUCUUUGCAAGUCAUACAGGAGCAAAUCGACGAGGGUUUACCAAAAGACUACGAGAAUUACUACCUGAGGAAACUAAAUAAUAUCGAGCCAUCAGACCGCAGGCUUGCUUCAAUCCUCCUUGCCUGUAUUGUCUAUGCAAGACGCCCAUUGCGCUUAGACGAGCUUUGCGAAGCCACAGCCGCCGCAGAGACGAAGUAUGGACAAAACAUCGACCGCAGUCGUAAGCUAUUUAGGAGGAAGGUUACCACUCUGUGCCAGCCUCUGAUUCGAGUACAAGACACCGAAACACCCUAUGGUACUGUAACAACAUGCACGCUGACACACGCGACCGUUCGCAACUUUCUUAUCAAGAGAGCGAAGGAUGCUACCGCCGAGGAUGACCAAGAAACACUUCAAAUCAGUCCAGACACAUUAGCGGACAUAUGCUUAAAGUACCUUACGCAGUCUCGCUUUCGCUCACUGUUGACGAGAGGAGAUGAUGCUUUCAAAGACGGACUAGAAGACGAUAUCGACAACCACCACUUGCUUCCAUAUGCGGCAAAAUAUUGGGAUAAGCAUUUGGACGUAGCCAAGGAGUGGAAGAGCUUCUGCGAGCCGGUUAGAGAUUUUGUAAGAAGUGCACAGUUCUUCACCUGCCUCCAGGUGCAAAGUCUUCUGGUUGGAGGACAGUUCCAGUUCUGGUGGAACUCCAAUGACAUGAAUGCGGGACCACAUAUCAAACGCGUCUUCCCCGCUUGGCUAGGUGCACAAUGUGAUGAAACACUAGAGCACGACUAUCGACUCUUUAUAAGCGAUUGGGGAUUCCUCUUGGACGAGAUUAUCAAUUUGAAUGCGCGCUACGCGGGCGAACUUGACAGAUGUUUCUUCGGCAGCUUAGGUUCCGACAACUUUAUGCACGUUGGACCAUCACGCUACGCUAGCUAUCAGGUUCACGAUGAUGACACUCCCUUGGACAGCCCACCCGCGAGGUACUUUGAUGCUAUCGACGCGAUGGGGAGGGAGAUGGUUGUAUUAGCCCUCCAUGAUAUUCAGGCAGAUACGCUAAAGCUUGAGUUCGAUUGCCAACAAUGGGACCUGACGGGAGAAACGCCAAUCCUUCGACAGACGCAGAGGCUAACGGCAGGCUUCAUUGAAACUCUUUGGCCCCUUUACGAUUUCCCUGCGCCGACUAGCGGCUUUGGACAACCACCAGUGAUCGCUCUGAGUAGUGACUUGGCAGUGCUUCGAAUCGGGUCUCAGAUAUACACCAAGGACGGAAAUGACCUAUACCAGUUGGCAUCGAACAUCAAUAUGCGUUCUGUCUUUAUCGAUGAGUUUGCAAGCCUCCAUCGGCAGGUCGCUAUCACCACCCGGAGAGAAGUUCAACAAGACGAAAUAGAUAAGCGGAAUACUGAAAUUAUGAAUGAUCCGUCGGCAGUACAUAGUCCGACGGUGAUUAUACAGAUUUCAAACGGUAUUCUUAGCAAUGGAUCGUCCACAAACCCUACAACGAGCGAAGGCACCGACGAGAGUCGGACAAUGGUGACAAGCGAAUCCAGCAACACUUCGGCAGAACCUGAGUCUGACGGUGAGUCUGAACUUAUUGAUGAUGUCCGUAUCGAAGAUGCGAGUAAAUUUGCACACGUAUCUCGUCGCGAUGCAAUCACAGCUGAAGAACUUUCGGAAGACGACCCUUUGUUCAAGUCUGAUCCAGAUUCAUCCGGAAACUCAGCAGAAGAAGAAUGGAGCGAUGGCUCGAGCGACAUGCUUUCGGAUGAGGUUGAGGACGAAGAUCAGUGGAACGAUUGGGGUAAUGAGCGCCUGACCAUAGAAGAACUCAACAUAGGGGCCACAGAGUUCGACUUCUCCUCGUCGGCCAGCGAAGCCUCAGCUGAUAACGGCAAAGUGCCCGACUUCGAUGACCUGGAAAGCCUUAUAUCACAAGACGAAGAAUUGAACAUCGACGAAAUCUGGACGGCGGGAGAAGGAGAGGAAAUCAAGCUCUCAGGGUUCACGUUGAAAAAAGGCAAUUCGCGUAAUGGAUGGGAUAGCAGCAGUUCUGAAGAAGCUAGCUCGGUGGAGAGUGGCUACUCUCUCAGCAAUUAUAGCGACGACGCAAGCGACAACGAUAGCGAUGACAAUAGCGAUUUUGACGUGGAAACAGCCAAGCAUCUCGACAACCUCAUCUUCGGAAAGGGCUCGAAAGAAGGAAAGCAACGCAUCUCCUUGCGAGUGCACAACCUGAACCUACCAGACGGGUCUCCAACGUUCCACUUCACACGAUAUAUCAAACGCGGCAUCUUCGACUCUCCGCCCGUCUUCCACCCAUCAAAACCGCUCCUCGUCUGGCCACUCGGCGACGCCGAAAUCCUCUUCGCAGACUACAAAGCCAAUACCUUUUUCACACGCCUACUAUGCUGUUCGCGCUUCAAGAGCUGCCACGUCUUUGUCAAAACCCACUUUUCCAGCGCAGGAGAGUACGUCCACUUCGCAGCGCUCGAAGCGCAGACCAAGGACGCCAACAAGGAGAAGGAUGAAAAGGCCUCGCUGGUCCUCAGUCUCCAAAUCUCCACGCACCGACUGUCGAUUCGUAAGACGACGAGGAGUCCACCCCGCCUCAUAUACCGCACAACAAUCGACCUGGGCACCGUGCCGACGCUGAAAAUCUCCAGCUCACCGUACACUCUGCACUGGACGGACGAGGUGUUGUAUCUCACUACCCGCGGCCAGACGCUCAACGUCAUGCGGAUCCCGCUGUUUCCUGACCCUGAAUCUGGCAGGAGCUCUGUAUGCCAUGUUCAGAAGGACGUCUAUCUCCCCCGCACCACCGAGUCACGCACCCUACACUUCUUCCCUAACCCGCCGCCGACGUCUCGGGUACCUUCGACCCGCACCAAAAGCUCUGGACUGCGAGCAGCUGCGAAUCAGAACACCAUGGCGAAAAUUAUAAUCGGCUCGCAUUCCGCGGUCCCGAGCCAGGGUCUCAUGGUCCCGCGGUAUCAGGUGUCGCCUCCAAUUGGCGUCUUGCUGCAUGACGAGAGGGAUCUGGGAGGUUGGAAGUGCAAGGCCAUCACCGCCGAGACGGAUGAGGGUACUAAUAAGCAGAGAUUGAAUAAUGCGGGGGGCAGGCUGCAGGGCAAGUUUGAAAGUUUUGAUCGGACGGAGGAUUGUGAUAUUGUUCCGUUCUUGUAUUAG